CUGGCUGCCAGCGACCGGCCCCGCCGCGACCCCGGCCCCGCCGCCGGCCGCAGUGCCCCCGCCAUGACGCCAGAUCUCCUCAAUUUCAAGAAGGGAUGGAUGUCUAUUCUGGAUGAGUCAGGAGAGUGGAAGAAACACUGGUUUGUGCUGACUGACUCGAGCCUGAAGUAUUACCGGGACUCGAACGCGGAGGAGGCUGAUGACCUCGAUGGGGAAAUUGACCUCCGCUCCUGCACAGACGUGACGGAGUUCGCAGUGCAGCGCAACUAUGGCUUCCAGAUACACACGAAGGAUGCUGUCUUUACCCUGUCGGCGAUGACCUCGGGCAUUCGGCGCAACUGGAUCGAGGCACUGAGGAAGAAUGUGCGCCCAGUCAGUGCUCCAGACAUCACCAAGCUCUCAGACUGCAAUAAGGAGAACUCCAUCUGCAACUGUGUCCCCCAGAAGGGCUCACUCCGGACAGAGGAGCAGCAGCGGUCGGGCUCCGAGGGGAACUCAAAGGGCAGUUCCUGGAAGGCAGAUGGGCAGCGCCAUGCCUUUGACUAUGUGGAGCUGUCUCCCUUGCCUCAAGACCCUGGGAAUCAGGGGUCCCUGCAGAGGACGAAAGGGAGCUUGAAGAUCUCUGACCGAACUCCCAAGCAUGAGGAACUGGAGCGGGAUCUGGCCGUCCGUUCGGAGGAGAGACGGAAAUGGUUUGAGACCCCCGAUGGCAGGGUCCCAAACAGCGAUGGCCCAACGGGAGACUUUUCCCGCAAGGUGAGGGAGCAGGACCUCCCCACUCCCCCACUUUCGGAGGACCAGCAGAUUCGGCUGAAUGAGGAGAUAGAGAAGAAGUGGCUGGAGCUGGAACGCCUGCCCUUGAAGGACUCGCGGCGAGUGCCCUUGACAACGCUGCUGAACCAGAGCAAAGGGGGCCAGGGAGACACCAAUGAGGCGCUGAAAAAGGAGGUUCAGUCACUGAGGGCACAGCUGGAGUCCUGCCGGGCCCAAAAUGAGAGCCUUCAGGAAGUGACAAAAUCCCAGGGAGAUGGACAUGUGCCCCGGGGAUACAUCUCGCAGGAGGCCUGUGAGCGCAGCCUGGCUGAGAUGGAGUCAUCCCACCAGCAAGUGAUGGAGGAGCUCCAGAGGCACCACCAGCGGGAGCUGGAGCGGCUGCGGCAGGAGAAGGACCGGCUCCUGGCAGAGGAGGCUGCAGCAACAGCAGCAGCCAUUGAGGCAAUGAAGAAAGCCCACCGGGAGGAGAUGAAUAAGGAGCUGGGCAGGUCACGAAGCUUCCAGCAGUGCAGCUCAAUCCCUGAUGCCGUCCAGAAGCAGCACCAGUUGGACAUCGAUUCCCUGAAGCGGGAGCUGCAGGUGCUUUCUGAACAGUACUCCCAAAAGUGCCUGGAAAUUGGAGAGCUCACCCAGAAGGCAGAGGAGCGGGAGCAGACACUGCUACACUGUCAGCAGGAGGGGAAGGAGCUCCUCCGGAAAAACCAGGAGCUGCAGACCCGCCUCUCGGAUGAGAUCGGGAAGCUGCGGAGCUUUAUUUCAUCCCGGAGCUCUGGGGACCGCUCAGCACACAGCAACGAGCGAAGCUCCUGUGAGCUGGAGAUGCUGCUGCGGGUGAAGGAAAACGAGCUCCAGUACCUAAAGAAAGAAGUGCAGUGCCUCCGGGAGGAGCUGCAGAUGGUGCAAAAGGAUAAGAGAUUUGCCUCAGGGAAAUACCAAGAUGUCUAUGCAGAGCUGAAUCAUAUUAAGGUGCGCUCAGAGCGAGAGAUUGAGCAGCUGAAGGAGCACCUGCGCCUGGCCAUGGCAGCUCUGCAGGAGAAGGAGUCACUAUGCAACAGUGUUGGCAAGUAAAGGACUGCUCUUGGUUUGUUUAUCUGUUCUUGUUUUGUAUUUGCUCCGCUCCUCACUUGCAGGGAGGAGGAGGUUGAACCCCAUCUGAUAUCGGCUUGGUGAGGAAUCUCGCCCACCCCCCAGCUUCCUCACUGCCCUCCCAAAGCUUUUUUGAUGAACCCUUUUGUCUGCAUACCUGAGCACGUUGUUUGGACUGGCUCCUUACAUGCACCUUCUUCAGGAUUUUAUAUGUGAAAAUUAUAUUUUAUAGAGGAUUUUUUUCCCCCUUGAGAAGAAGGGGAAGAGGAGGGGGGAAACUUUUUACUACAUCAACGUUUUCUAACCUGCAAGAGAAUCUGUUUUUUCCCUCCUGCCCGAGCCCCGUUGCUCCCAACCACACAACCACUUUUGGCACCUAUUCCCUCUUUUCCAAAUAUCUCUAUGCACCCCCUGGCAUGUAUGGUGAGGACCACGCUCCCCCUUCCCAUGCCACUCCCAGGGACCUGUGGAGAAGACAUAUAAGCCAUAGGAGGGAGCUGCUGGGGCAGUCUGGCAUGGACUUGCUUGCCUGGGACUUUUGAAAGAGGAGAUCUUGGCAAGAGUCUGCAUGAUCAAGCUAUCUCUCUCC